GACGAAAGCCGGCAACGCGAGUUUAAAUGUUCAAAUUCUGCCGCCCUUUAGAUCAGCUGCUUGUAAACGUUGUGGCAACGGGCAACGGUCGUGGGAGUCGUGACGUCACAUCUUUUAUUCGCCAGGUUCUCCUGAUGACGCCCCUGAUUGUCCAUCCAAUUAACGAAUAUUAACUCCGUUAAUUCUUUCCUGUCCGCCCGGAACGAGGGAAACAGGAGUAGUUUUCCUCCCUGCGUUUCGUUUCGACGCGGACCGUUCAGUCGAGAAGACAGUCCCGCACCUGACAACAUCUACAAAAGCCGUGCCGAUCGGGACCCAGCCAACCCAGCGGCAGUUGUCGAUGUGUUAGGAGAUUAUUUAUUUGUGAUUGUCGACCGGCCGCCUGACACAUGGCAGCGAUGACGGGGGGCCUACAGGUCGGAGCCAGCGUCGACAUCCAGCGCACCGACGGGCGCAUCCACUCGGCGACCGUGGUGAGCCUGGACGUGCCCAAGCAGGUGAUGGUGGUGGAGUGGCACGAGAGGGGCGAGACCAAGGGCAAGGAGCUCGAGUUCAGCACGGUGUACGCCCUCAACCCCGGCCUCCAGGACACCAACCGCAACUCCAUCAAGAAGCCGGCCCGGUACACACAGCUGCCCACGGCGCGGAGCGGGACGAUGCAGGAGCGGCGCAGCGUGGCCCGGCCGGCCCUGCAGCAGAAUGGGGCUGCCAGCAUGGGGCCUCCCACGGCCCUGCCCACAGCAAAGUCCAGCUCUGGCCUUGCCUCCCUGGCAGAGAAGAACGGCGUGUCUACGCGGCAGCAGCAGGCAGCGCAGCAGCAGCAGGCGGCACAGCAACAGGCCGGGGCGGACCUGGCGAGCCGACGGCGCACCAACGUGGUGAAGGAGGUGGACCGCAUCAAGAAGCAGAGGGACGAGCGGCGGGCACGGCAGCUGACCCAGAUCGAGGAGAAGCGGGAACGCAUGAACGUGGACCCGGGGAACCCCAACUGGGAGUUCCUCUCUAUGAUCAGGGAGUACCGCUCGCAGCUGGACUUUCGGCCCCUGUCCAUGAACGACCCUGCCGAGGUGCACCAGAUCUGUGUGGCCGUGCGCAAGCGCCCCCUCAACAAGAAAGAGCUCGGCCGCAAGGAGGUGGAUGUGGUGACUGUGCCCAGCCGGGACGUGAUGGUGGUGCACGAGCCGAAGCUGAAGGUGGACCUGACAAAGUUCCUGGAGAACUCAAGCUUCCGGUUCGACUACGCCUUCGACGACACGGCCAACAACGAGCUGGUCUACAAGUACACGGCCCGGCCCCUGGUGCAGACCAUCUUCGACGGAGGCAUGGCGACGUGCUUCGCGUAUGGGCAGACGGGCAGCGGCAAGACCCACACGAUGGGUGGAGACUUCUCGGGCCGCACCCAGGACUGCUCCAAGGGGGUGUACGCUCUGGCGACCAAGGACGUGUUCCGGCUGCUGCGCUCGCCCAAGCACCGGGGGGACGCCUUGGCCGUGUCGUGCUCCUUCUUCGAGAUCUACUCGGGCAAAGUGUUCGACCUGCUCAACGGCAAGGCCAAGCUGCGGGUGCUGGAGGACGGCAAGCAGCAGGUGCAGGUGGUGGGCCUGGUGGAGCGGGAGGUGGACGCAGUGGACGAGGUGCUCAAGCUCAUUCACCACGGCAACGCGGUGCGCACCUCGGGACAGACCUCGGCCAACCAGAACUCCUCCCGCUCCCACGCGGUCUUCCAGAUCAUCCUCAGGAGGGCUGGCGGACGCCUGCACGGCAAGUUCUCUCUCAUUGACUUGGCCGGCAACGAGCGGGGGGCGGACACCUCAAGCUCCAACCGGCAGACGCGCAUGGAAGGCGCCGAGAUCAACAAGAGCCUGCUGGCACUCAAGGAGUGCAUCCGAGCCCUGGGGCGCAGGGGCGCCCACCUACCCUUCCGGGCCAGCAAGCUGACACAGGUGCUCAGGGACUCCUUCAUCGGGGAGAACUCCCGCACCUGCAUGAUUGCCAUGAUCUCCCCGGGGCUCAGCUCCUGCGAGCACUCCCUCAACACCCUCCGCUACGCCGACAGGGUGAAGGAGCUGGGCGUGGAGGACAGCCCAGAGGCCCACCGGGCCCCCAACGAGGACGAGGAGAUGGCACCCUCCAGCGACGAGGAGGAGCACCAGCUAGCAGCGCCACCCGCAGACGACGUGGAGAUGUCCGGGGAGCUGUACAACGAGGCGGUGUCCCACCUCCAGGAGAUGGAGGAAGAGGUCCUGGAUCUGCACAAGACGGUCGUCGAGGCGAGCCACAACUGGCUCCAGCGGGACAUGGAGCAGCUCGCCAUGACCAACGACGUGGAUUACGAUUUGGACGUCUACGUGCAGAAGCUCAAGGACCUGCUCUGCGAGAAGAUCGAAGUCCUCAACAAGUUCAAAGAGAAAGUGGAGGGCUUCCAGCAGCAGCUGGCAGAGGAGGAGCUCAUGAGCAUGAACAUCAAGGCCCCCAAGUGAAGAAGCCCCCCCCCCCCCCCCCCCCCCCCCCUCCCCCCUCCUUUGUACAUACGUUCCCUAUGCACGUUUCCCCUUUUUAUCCCUAGGACUGCUUCACACCCCACAUGCAUGUACAUAGCCACCAGGAUAGGCUGCCCCCUUUUCCUGCUGUGGGGACGCGAAGCUACUGCAAUUUUAGAAAUAAAUUUGUUCUGGGCCUCUGCA